UCCAUAGCAACCGCUCCACCUGAUUGCCCCUCCCCGCUCCCGGAGGCCACCUAGUGCGCAGGCCCGCACGAUGACGACCCAGGCCGUGCCGGCUCUCAGGCGCCGGAAGUGAGCUGCGCAGCGCCGGAAGCGGCGGACACAGGAGGCCUCGUGGAGGACGCAGCAGCAUGGGACAGUCAGGGAGGUCCCGGCACCAGAAGCGCGCCCGCGCUCAGGCGCAGCUCCGCAACCUCGAGGCCUAUGCCGCGAACCCGCACUCGUUCGUGUUCACGCGGGGCUGUACGGGUCGCAACAUCCGGCAGCUCAGCCUGGACGUGCGGCGGGUCAUGGAGCCGCUCACUGCCAGCCGUCUGCAGGUUCGUAAGAAGAACUCGCUGAAAGACUGUGUGGCAGUGGCUGGGCCCCUCGGGGUCACACACUUUCUGAUCCUGAGCAAAACAGAGACCAGUGUCUACUUUAAGUUGAUGCGCCUCCCAGGAGGCCCCACCUUGACCUUCCAGGUCAAGAAGUACUCGCUGGUGCGUGAUGUGGUCUCCUCAUUGCGCCGGCACCGCAUGCACGAGCAGCAGUUUGCCCACCCACCCCUCCUGGUACUCAACAGCUUUGGCCCCCACGGCAUGCAUGUGAAGCUCAUGGCUACCAUGUUCCAGAACCUGUUCCCCUCCAUCAAUGUGCACAAGGUGAACCUGAACACCAUCAAGCGCUGCCUGCUCAUUGACUACAACCCUGACUCCCAGGAGCUGGACUUCCGCCACUAUAGCAUCAAAGUCGUUCCUGUGGGUGCGAGUCGCGGGAUGAAGAAGCUUCUCCAGGAAAAGUUCCCCAACAUGAGCCGCCUGCAGGACAUCAGCGAGCUGCUGGCCACGGGUGCGGGGCUGUCGGAGAGCGAGGCAGAGCCUGAUGGCGACCACAACAUCACAGAGCUGCCUCAGGCUGUGGCUGGCCGUGGCAACAUGCGAGCCCAGCAGAGUGCAGUGCGGCUCACUGAGAUCGGCCCGCGGAUGACAUUGCAGCUCAUCAAGGUCCAGGAGGGCGUUGGGGAGGGCAAAGUGAUGUUCCACAGUUUUGUGCGCAAGACAGAGGAGGAGCUGCAGGCCAUCCUGGAAGCCAAGGAGAAGCAGCUGCGGCUGAAGGCACAGAGGCAGGCCCAGCAGGCCCAGAACGUGCAGCGCAAGCAGGAGCAGCGGGAGGCCCACAGGAAGAAGAGCCUGGAGGGCAUGAAGAAGGCACGGGUCGGGGGUGGUGAUGAAGAGGCCUCUGGGAUCCCUUCGAGGACGGCGAGCCUGGGGUUGGGUGAGGAGGACGAUGACCAGGAAGAUGAUGACAUCGAGUAUUUCUGCCAGGCGGUCGGCGAGGCGCCUAGUGAAGACCUGUUCCCCGAGGCCAAGCGGAAACGGCCUGCCAAGUCCCCAGGCCGGAAGCGGCGGGAAACGGAUCGAGGCAGGGGUCGUCUUUGUGACCGGAAGUUUCCCAAGCCCAAGGACAAGCCCCCGGGGUCCCAGACCAGGCGGGGGCCCAGAGGGGCUUCCCGGGAUGGUGGGCGAGGCCAGGGCCGGGGCCGCUCACGGAAGAGAGUGGCCUGAGCCCAGGCCACACCGGAGCAGUGGAUGAACUGAACGCCCCAGAUUGGGGCCCGAGAGACAUGGCCCUCGGUUUCCUUUCAUAAAGGAGUCGUGUCCCCCACCCUUCCACUCCAAUAAACAACUGAACUGGCCAGGG